AUGGCCACGGCUGCGAUCCCACCCCUCGAAGCCACCGCCGGCCUGUCGCCCUCCAAGGCGUCGGCGACCUCGGCCAUAACCCCGGGGUCGGCUGCCGCUGCGCGGCCGCAGCCUCCCAGCCGCUCGAGCACGCCGCAGGUGGGCGGCGCGCGACGGGGCCCCGGCCGCCCAGCCCCGUCCGACUUCCUCUCGGAGCGGGCGACGACGGCCUUCAUCCGCCGCACGCUGUGCGCCCAGCACCCCGCCGACCGGGGGAGGAGCACGCCGGCGCCCAUCGGCGAGCUGCUGCCGCCCCUGACCAGCCGCAACGACGUGGACCUGCACCUCUAUGCUCUCAUAUCCGUCAUCCUGCGCGAGUACGUGCAGAACUGGUACAACAAGAUCACCCCCGACGAGACCUUCGUCGCCGAGAUCGUCCAGAUCAUAGCCCACUGCACCCGAGCCUUGGAGCAGCGACUCCGGACCGUGGAUCUAGAGAGCCUCCUGUUUGAUGAGCUGCCUGAGCUGCUGCACGCACAUAUCAGAGCGUAUCGCAUUGCCAAAAGUUCAGCGGCGCGGCCGCCCAUCGAAGCCAAUCGCCGUGACAUCUACCAUUCGCUGUGCCCUUUACCGGCAUUGUCUCCAGUUCCCAAGGCAGACGUCGCCAGGACAGUCCAGACUCAGGCUGAGAAUGAGGCUGCAUAUCGUCAGCUGCUCGUCCAGGGCGUUCUGGCCCUGCUCCUCCCGACUGAGGAUCUCCAAAACGAGUGUCUAACGUCGCUGGUUGGCCAGAUCUUUUCCGAACUUAUCAUUGGUAAUCUGGUCACCAAUAAGCUCUCUGAGCCAUGGCUGCUGUUGGAGAUCUUUAUUAUUCUGACGCGCCUAGCGAAGAGGAAUCAUGAGCCCACCGGGAGAUCUAGGCCUCCCGAUGCCGUUGGUCCUAAAGACCAGGCGCCACCGCGUGAUCAGGAAUCCCUCAAACAGCCAGCGAGACGCAGAAGGGCCUGGGCCGUCGAUCAGAUCUUCUGGUCCGUUGUUCAAUGGGGGUUCCUACUGUUCAACACGGUCCGUGUCAUCAUUAUCACCAUGGUUUCCUCUCGAAAUUUGCCCCCAAGAGCCCAUCCGCUCUUUAAUCAAAAGCCAGCAAUGAGCGGUCGAUUUGACGAGAAGUCAAGUAAGCCCUUGGCUGGCUCACGAUCAAUCCCAGCAUCACUCAGAGUUCCCGUCGUCGACUUCAAGCUCUGGCCUUGCGUCGCGGAGUUACUUGAGGUAGAUGUCCGCAUGCCGUGGCUGAGCGGAGCCUUAUCCAUGAUGCAAUGGAGCGCCAUGACAGGUCCAGGCAGAAUUGCAGGCUACAACGGCGUUCUUGAUAGGUAG